AUGACGGAGACUAUAACUCGACUUGGUGUUGUCAUCUUUCCUGGUUUUGCACUAUUAGAUGUUGCUGGUCCAUUGCAAUUUUUCAAUCAACUUAGUGUAAUAGAACCAUUCAAAUUAAGUAUUAUUGCCAGAACGAUGGAUUCAGUAAGUACUGUACCACCCAAACAUACAAUGCCUGAAAGCAAAUUUUGUCGUAUUGGUGAAACAUGGUUACCAACACAUACAUUUAAUAAUGCACCAGAAUUAGAUAUUCUAUUAGUUCCAGGUGGAUUGGGUACACGAGAUGAAAUCAUUUUCAAUGAAGUUACUUCAUUUACUAAGAAACGAUAUCCAACACUUAAAUAUUUACUUUCUGUAUGUACAGGAUCAUUGAUGGUGGCAGCAGCUGGUAUUCUCAAUGGACGAAAAGCAACAUCAAACAAAUAUGCUUGGUCAUUGGCAACAAAUAAUAAGGAUGUUGAUUGGGUUCCGAAAGCACGUUGGGUAGUGGAUGGCAAUAUUUGGUCAAGUUCAGGCGUAGCAGCUGGUAUGGAUAUGACUUAUGCAUUUAUUGCUACUGUAUUCUCAUCGGAUAUUGCUAAACAAUUAGCUAAUAUGAUGGAAUAUGAACCACAUACAAAUCCUGAAUGGGAUCCUUUUUUUGAAAUUUGGAAUCCAUCAUCCAAAUAG